AUGUGUGACACGGGACCUGCGAUGGCUAAGGAGCGGCUGCUGGUUGCGUCCCCUCGGCCCAAGGAGGAACCUCGCUCGGCCCCUGGGAGUCCUUCGGCGGAGGCCAAGGAAGGCGCAGAAAAGGACAGCAGGAACGCUCUCACGCCCACACAGCUUCCGCAGACCACCAAUGCAGCGCCUACGUCGCCCGUCCACCAGGAUGCCCCCACGCCCAAACCGCUGGAUUUAAGCCACAGGGAGUGCGGGCGUGGAACCAAGAGGGCGGCGGUUUCUGGAGUGACUCUCUUCCCCGGCCUCACCAUCACUCCCGGCGGAGGCGCCGAAGAAGAGGCUCUCUCUGAUCAUCAGCAGGAAGAGGACGCGCCCCUCACGCCCUCACCGACGCCCUCGCCGCCCGAGAAUUCCUUCCCCAGGUUCCACUUCGGGCGCGCGGGCGGGACCCUGGCCGGCGCCGCGUCCUCCGAGUGCCCGAAACCCGCGCCCUCGGCCACGGCCUCCUCCGUCAACGCCCGUAGCGCCAAGUCUCCCCCAGGCCUACCACACGCCCACGCCCUGCCCGACGGCGAGGGCAUGGGCGGCGGGGAAGCGUGGUGGUACCCCGGUUUGAUCGGGAUGGGCGGAGACAUCUUCAGGGGACUGCCCGACCUGCCGCUGCCCUUCCCCGGCCUGCCUGCCUUCUUGGCACGCAGAAGGAGGAGAGACAACAGGCAACGGAGGCAGAGGACGACCUUCACAUCCGAACAGACGCUGAGACUCGAGAUGGAGUACCACCGUAAUGAGUACAUAUCCAGGCCGAGGAGGUUCGAACUGGCGGAGUCACUGGACCUCACGGAGACCCAGAUCAAGAUUUGGUUCCAGAACCGACGGGCCAAAGACAAGCGUAUCGAGAAGGCACACAUGGACCAGCAGUACAGGUGA